GUGAGCUGCGAGAGGUCCGAGAGGCGAGCAAAGUCGUCGUUUCCUCGUCCGUUUCUUCCCCUUUUUUUCCCUUAUUUCUCGGCCGGGAAAUUGCUUGAUUGGAAAUUGAUCGGUUUAUUGAACUAGGAAGACAAUGGCGGACGAAGGUUUCGACCCUUGCGAGUGCAUCUGGAGCCAUGAGAUGGCCAUGAGGAGGCUCCUGUCGCUGCUGAGACAAUCCCAGACCUACUGCACAGACAAUGAAUGUUUCAAUGAAAUGCCCGGGCCAACAAUGCCCGCCCGUGACACUGGCUCUGAUGGCAUGAUGUUCCUGGCCAUGAUGUGGGGUCUUCUCGCCAUUGUCCUGUUCUUCUUGCGGCCGUCGUCCCUUCGCUCCAACCCAGAUGCCAAGCCCUCCAACAGCCACCAGGAUGGGGGUUCCCCACCAGCUCCUCCAACGGCCAACUAGACCCCCAGCAGUACCCUACAGGUCACCACGUUGUCUCCUCCCCCCCUGCUCCAACCCUCCAGCUCACCCCAUCAGCUCCUGACACCUUCCCAAGUGACUUUUUUUUUUUUUUUUUUUUUUUUUUUUUUUUUUUCUUUCCAUAUCGUAAGUGGAGGAAGACUUUGGCGACCCUAUUUUGUUGUGCUGUUCACCCAAAGGCUUUGGGACAGUUUCAUCUCUGUCCUCUCUUUUUUUUAUCAUGGUUCCUCUUUUUUUAUGUUUCUUUCUUGAUCUCUCUUAUGUCUAAAAUGAGUUAGUUUUUUUUCAUUCCCCUUUUUUCUUUUCUUUUCUCAUUCUCUUCCUCUGUCCAUGCCUUCUUGAAUAGCACAACAAAGGAGAUACAAGGUCUGGCAAGUGAAGGAAUUGGCACCGGCACUUUCUGAAAGGAGCUCCAGGGAGAUUGAUUUGGGACUCGCAGUCUAAAGGACUCCUCUUGUUAAGAUAUUUGUUUCGUAUCCUGUUCAUUCUUCAAAGACUUAGAGAAAUUUUGGUACUGUAUCAAGAGUUUUAUUUAUCAUGCCAGUUGAUUAAUAUUCAUGUUAACUGAUCUCGGAAAUUGGUAAGAAAAAAAGCCAUUUGUUCUUUAUUGCUGUGUUCAGGAUCUUGACUUUUAUAUUGUACCUUCAAUAUUUAUACUGUUCGAUUUUUCUUAAGUUUUAUUGAUUAAAGUUUUCUCACUAGUAAUGAAACUUUGAAGAAAGUGUAAAAUCCAGUGUCAGUAUGUAGAAAUCAGAGCCAGUACAUGCUUUGAUCUUUAAAAGGAGGACUGAAGGAUAGUCAGUGAAUUUUAUUCAUUCUUUUUAUUUUGUGUGACAAGUAUACUUUUAUAGUCAAAUUCAAAGGAUAUCCUAAGUUGAAAAAUCAAACACAAACACUUUCUGAGGUCAUGGAUAUCAAAAUUUGAAUGGGAAGUACUUACAUCACAGCACUGUUAUUGUGUGUGUUUGUUUUGGUAGAUUCUGGCAUACACAAACUGGUAUACCCUUGCACACAUGGCAGAUAGUUUGAAGUGCAGAGGUGGUGCAGAUCCUAGUUUCUGUCAUGAGAUUACAGUGCUAAUCAAGAAUCACAACAGAUUAUUAUGGUAAAGGGAGAUGCCUCAGAAAGCAGCAGUACAACUGGUAUUUAGAAACGUAAGAAGAUUUUUUACCUGUGAUAUUUGCAGAAUACCCUUUCACCCCCCCCCCCCCCCAUGCCCCUCCUCCUCCUCCUCCUCCUCCUCUUUCCCCAGAAAGCAAAUAUUGAAAAUUUAGUUCUUUAAUGCCAUGCCACGCCACCCCCCCCUUCCUCCCCCAUCCCCAAAGAGCCUGGGUGUGAGUCCUUGUCCAGGGCCUCCAUUUGGCUUGACAGAGCUGAAGGUCCAGGGUGAGGUCAUACCCAAAGGUCAAGCUGGGUCCCAGGUCAGUAAUCUAGAGCCUAAAGUUAACUGUGCUCGCUCUCAAGCAUAGCAAUAGCAGCAUGCUAUGGGAUUGCCUUCACAGUGCAAAGGCUGAAGUAACUUGAUAAACGUCUUGAAUGUAAAGCAGCACAUGGGGGGUGGUUACGCUAGAUAAAGCACAGCCUCCUAUUGGGGCCUUGUGUGUGUGUGUGUGCAGGUGUGCAUCACAGUUAGAGACAUAUGAAUUUCAGAGUAAAUAAAUGAGUUUCAUGGGAAAAGUUGAAAUCUAAUCAGUGGCCGGAGGGAAAGAGUCUGUUCCAGGUGUGCAGAAGGACUGACCGACUCCCUUUCUACGUGGUCUUUUUUUCUUUCUUUCUUUCUUUUUCUUUUUUCUUUUCUUUUCUUUUAGUUUUCUUUUUCACCACUUUCAUUUGGUCAUACUGCUGUCAUGCUUGACUAAUCUCAAAUUCCUCUGUAUGGUAUAUGUUAAACACACAUUCAAUAGAAGCACAAACAGUAGAAUGAAAGACAUAUAAGCACAAGAACACAUUUAAAAUUAAUUAUUCUUUUUUUGUCAUAAAGAAUAUUAACACCACUUGCACAGGGAACUACUUUUUAUAUUUUAAUAUAGAUAGCUUUUACAUUAUUAAUAAUUCUUUAAUCUUUUUAUUUCUGAGCAAAACUAGUGCAGCAGGGUAGUUUAUUCCAGCAUUCCAUGACCACAAAUUGUCAGGUUGUGCCGAUGAAGGAUCAUAUCACAAACCAAAGGGAAGGAAGAGGUUUGGGCUUCUGUCCAUGGAUGUGAAGGAGGACUUGAUUGAUGGUGUUGAUGGUUUCACAUGCGCAUCGUCAAACAGGCGUACUGACAAAUGUGAAUCGACAGAGGGAAAGGUCAUGUCGACCACAACACAGGUGCAUUUGCAGUGAGCUAGUUACAUUUGUUUUGUUUUUUUAUAUUGUUUUAGUUUUAAAUGUUUUAUAAAAAAUUGUCAGGUCCUCUUUGGAAAUACCCUUUUUUAUAAGAGUAACAGCACCACACUGCCUAAAGCCCUUUGUACAUGAAUUGUUUAGUAGACUGUCAAGGACACAGAACCAAAUGUUAAAAUCAGAAGUAACACUGAUGUAUAUAAUGUUAUUUUAGGACAGGCAUUUGAUGAUCAUCCUCUUAAAAUCCAGCAGUUAAGUUGUUCAGGGCCUAAAGAAAAAGCUAGUCUUUGGCAAUAUUGAGUCUUUUGUGCUGAUACACUUAUUAUCACUGGAAUGUGUGGUUUCAUUAUUUUGAAUAUAUAAAUACUUGUGUAUGAUUAUUAGAGCAUCUAACCCAAUUAUGGGAACUGUCACAUAUUUGUUUGAAGUGUGACUUGUUAUAUCACAGGGUCCAAAGAACAUAAAUUUGUUGUUUUAUUAAAUUUUUAUGACAAAAUUUUACAUGCUGGAUGUUUCCUCAUCCUCAUUUGUAGGUUUAAGGCAAUUGCUUCCUUUCAUAAGUCAUAAGGAAAGACCAUCAGAGCCUGUACUAUGCAUAAGAAAUUCCCCGCCCCUUCUUCCUCUUGAAUGAAGAAAAACUACAGCUUUGCGGCGAGAGAGAGAAGAAAAAGAGGAGUCGUUUUUGAAAGGCUUAUUCUAUCAUUUGUAACCAAACCAUUUCUGCAAUAUUAUAUUUACUGAGUAUUAUAGAUUGAUCAGUUAUUUUUCUUUUUUGUUCUCUUUUUGUAUAUGUAACAAAUUUGACAUAUGGUUUGAUGGUUAGGAAAAACCCCACACAAUAGUCAUUUCAGCAUUUCAGUGCAGCUGAGGAAAGAUUUUGCACGUUGUCAAGAAAACUCUUGUAAAAAUAGUGAACUUUUUAAAAUGUGUAUUAGGUAUUUUGCUUUUGUAAGUUUUCAAAAGAGAUAAGUCAGAUUUUAAUGAAGCGAGAAAUACCUAUUGAACCUAGUUUUUCCUAGUCCCAAAUCAUUUUAUUUCCAGUUAUAGUAUUUAUAUACAGUAUAAUCUAAAGGGAUGGUUAAUUAUUUAGGAACUAUAUUAAACUUUUUGGCACAAAUGAAAAAUAUAUAAAUAAAAUAAAAGAAUCCA